AUGGAGACCCUGCUUUCACCGUCUCCGCACUUCCCACGAGAUCCACCGGCCGGCGGAUCUCGUACCUCGAGGGAGUGCUCAGUGGAAAUUGGGAUGGAACCCGCCCGGGCGGCUGACAGCGGCCCUCCAGAACCGCCAGCUCCAGAAGACAGAGAUGUCAAUAACCUCAUGGCUAACCGAGGAGGCAAUGGAUUAGCUCCUGGGGAUGACAGAUUCAAACCUGUGGUACCAUGGCCUCAUGUUGAAGGAGUGGAAGUGGACUUAGAGUCUAUUAGAAGAAAAAACAAGGCCAAAAAUGAACAGGAGCAUCGUGCUGGAGAUUCUCAAAAAGACAUAAUGCAGAGGCAGUACCUCACAUUUAAGCCUCAGACAUUCACUUACCAUGAUCCUGUGCUGCGUCCAGGGGUCCUCGGUAACUUUGAACCCAAAGAACCUGAGCCUCAUGGAGUGGUUGGUGGCCCUGGAGAGAAAGCCAAACCAUUGGUUCUGGGACCAGAAUACAAACAAGACGUUCAAGCCAGCAUUAAAGAGUUUGGAUUUAACAUGGUGGCAAGUGACAUGAUCUCACUGGACCGCAGCGUCAAUGACUUACGCCAGGAAGAGUGCAAGUAUUGGCAUUAUGAUGAAAACCUGCUCACCUCAAGCAUAGUUAUUGUCUUCCAUAAUGAAGGAUGGUCAACCCUCAUGAGGACAGUCCACAGUGUCAUCAAACGGACGCCAAGGAAGUAUUUAGCAGAAAUAGUGUUAAUUGAUGAUUUCAGCAAUAAAGAACAUUUAAAAGAAAAACUGGAUGACUACAUAAAGCUGUGGAAUGGCCUGGUGAAGGUAUUUCGAAACGAGAGAAGAGAAGGCUUAAUUCAAGCCCGAAGCAUUGGUGCUCAGAAGGCUAAACUUGGACAGGUUUUGAUAUACCUUGAUGCCCACUGUGAGGUGGCAGUUAACUGGUAUGCGCCACUUGUAGCUCCCAUAUCUAAGGACAGAACCAUUUGCACUGUGCCGCUUAUAGAUGUCAUAAAUGGCAACACAUAUGAAAUUGUACCCCAAGGGGGUGGUGAUGAAGAUGGGUAUGCUCGAGGAGCAUGGGAUUGGAGUAUGCUCUGGAAACGUGUGCCUCUGACCUCUCGAGAGAAGAGACUGAGAAAGACAAAAACUGAACCGUAUCGGUCUCCAGCUAUGGCUGGUGGGUUGUUUGCCAUUGAAAGAGAGUUCUUUUUUGAAUUGGGUCUCUAUGAUCCUGGUCUCCAGAUUUGGGGUGGUGAAAACUUUGAAAUCUCAUACAAGAUAUGGCAGUGUGGUGGCAAAUUAUUGUUUGUCCCUUGUUCUCGAGUUGGACACAUCUACCGUCUUGAGGGCUGGCAAGGAAAUCCUCCACCCCUUUAUGUUGGGUCUUCUCCAACUCUUAAGAAUUACGUUAGAGUCGUAGAAGUCUGGUGGGAUGAAUAUAAAGACUACUUCUAUGCAAGUCGUCCUGAGUCAAAGGCAUUGCCGUAUGGGGAUAUAACUGAGCUGAAAAAAUUUCGAGAAGAUCACAACUGCAAAAGUUUCAAAUGGUACAUGGAAGAAAUAGCUUAUGACAUCACUACCUACUACCCUUUGCCUUCCAAAAAUGUCGAGUGGGGAGAAAUCAGAGGCUUUGAAACUGCAUACUGCAUUGACAGCAUGGGGAAAACAAAUGGAGGCUUUGUUGAACUAGGACCCUGCCACAGGAUGGGAGGGAAUCAGCUUUUCCGAAUCAAUGAAGCAAACCAACUCAUGCAGUAUGAUCAGUGUUUGACGAAAGGGUCUGAUGGAUCAAAAAUUAUGAUUACACACUGUAACCUAAAUGAAUUUAAGGAAUGGCAGUACUUGAAGAACCUGCAUAGAUUUACCCAUACUCCUUCAGGAAAGUGCUUGGAUCGCUCAGAGGUCCUGCAUCAAGUGUUCCUCUCCAGUUGUGACUCUGGUAAAAUGACUCAAAAGUGGGAAAUGAAUAACAUUCAGAGUAUCUAGAAUGAAUAAAAGAAACCAACAGUCUACCUACUGACAAGGAAAUUUAUACGGGACUGAAAACUGCCUGGAACCUGCUGCAGCAAUUAUUAAUCCUGUACAGCUCCGAGCCUGGAACCUCUGAUCAGUUUGAAGGACAUUGAUAAACUGUGAUUUUACAAUAACAUUAUCAUCUGCAGUUACUGUUUACAAGACUGCUUUUACCUUAAACUUUGUAGAUGUUUACAUCGUUUUUGUUUUGUUGAAGAUGAUGUUGGUAACUUGUGCCUUUGACUCUGCCUUCUUAGAACAGAGUUAAAAGCAUGCUGUCUUCUUUGGGAAUUCACUCAGGGGUCUGAAAGGCAGUUUGGUUUUGUGUUGUUGUUUUUUAACACACUUGAAAAAAAAAGGUUGGAGUAGCCAGACUUUCAUAUGUAACUUGGUGAUUAUCAACCUUGUGUCUUUAUUUAGUUUUACAUCAUUUUAAAGCACUGCCACAGGUUAUUAGCCAAGGUGGCCUUCCUUCACAGUCAUGCUGCUUUUUUGAAAGGUGAAUUUCAACACAUUUAGUGCCUCCUUCAUUUCUCAGUCUAUUUUUUGAGAGUUUUUGAUGAAAUUUGUAUGAUGGUAAUGACGGAUGAACUGCCACCUGUAUGGGAAAUACUUUUAUUACUCGUGGAAAUGGAUUUUUAUGUUGCCAGUGGAUAUGAAGGUGAAUGUUGAAUGGCUGGAGCCAGACUGACAGUGUGGACCAUCUCAAGGCCAGUCCAUAGGGUUUGGAGAUUCUGUGGCGUUGACUCCCUUGCCCAUACCAACUUCUAGGCCAGCAAAGGGGUCUUCCAACUAGAGAAAAACUGCCCACCUACAUUUUGGAGCUAAUUUUCCCCAGUAUCUGUUAUAACAGAAAACUAUAACUCAGUUUUGAAACUUGAAGGGGGGGUGGAGGUGGGAGUAAACGAACAGCAUCAGUGUGAACCACUCAGUUUGGUUCUCACUGAGCUGACUUCCCAAGCCCUUGUUGCAAGCUGUGCGUUACAGGCUAAGCCGUGAAACCAAAAGAGUUGAUGCUUCAUGUGUCUUCACUCACGUGAAAUUCCCUGUACAUUUUAAAAAUUUAAAACAUUGCUAAGACGACAGCUCAUCAGCAAAUGUGAACUACUUUCUGUUAAGUUGGAUGUUCUGUGGUGUUUCUUAAUUUAAGGAAGUGUAUUUUUAUUAAUACUUCACCUGUGAAAAGUUUUUAUUUGAACAUUAAGACAGUAUGUAUUAUAGGAGAACCAAAUAUUCCAAAUGGCCAAUUCAGUUUUAAUUUCUAAGUAAAUCCUUUCUUACCCAAAAGAUUAAAAUGCCUCAGUUGAGUGCCAAAAAGAAAGAAAAUAAGAACAAUUCUGAUGACAUGGGGGAAAAGUAUAUUAAGCAUUUUGGGUCUUGCAAUCAUGGUAUAAUUACAAUGAAAGAAGUUCACAAACUACUGCCAGAAGGAAUUAUUUUUAACUAAAGCUUUAAAAAGAAAAAUAAAAAGUACCUGCAUUUUUAAAAAAGCCUACAGAUAUGUUUCUUGUCAGCUUAGUUCUUCAGUUUGGACAGUAGAAAUUAAACAUCCUGAACUGAGUUUUGCUAAUCAAUUUGUACUUUGCUAUUGAUCUGUGAUCAACUAUUUUAACUUUGAUUCAUCUCUAGGAAUAUUUUAAAAGAAAUGCAUUUAUAUCCUUAUAUAAUUGCAAAUAAGUCAAUUAUAAAAAAGAAACUAAGAGAAUAGGUAGUGUGUUUGCAAGAUACCCUUUCCAUGUUGACUAGAUUAUAACCUUGUUAUCUAUGCAUAGGCUAAGAAAGGUGGCACAUGAUGUGUGCAUGUAAUUUUGUGGGCAAAUUAAAUGGUUGUUCUGUGCAAUUCAUUAAAAGAUGCUGUGUGAACAUGAUUCUGUAUAUUGAAAUCAGAAACCUUACCAAACAUGAAAACCGUCAGAAGCUGCUGCCAUAAUGACUGUUUUCUACUGUAGGCUGCUCUAGAAAUAAUUCCCAUAUCCUUGCUUUGUAAGUUAAUAUCACUAUGCAUUUCUACACAUUUUAUAAAUUUGAUUUAUGCAGAUUUUGAUACACUGUAUGUUUCUGUAGAAAUUGUACAAAUAUUCAAAAUUUUAUUAAGGUAAAUUUGAGAGGCCUAUGUAUAUCUUAAUUCUGGGUUGCUUGUUUUUUAGGUGAGAAAAAAUAAAAUAAUUGUAUUUUAAUCCA